GUUACACUUGGCUUAUUCUACAUCGACAUAUAUAUACACAAAACAAGACACCAUGACCGAUCUUGCAACCUUAACUACAGCCAUUGAAGACACUGAGAAGUGGGAAGAGUUUCUCAAGCAACGGUAUGGACCUUACAAAUCAUCCAAGGAAACCAAACAUUUCUAUGAAGACAUCAAGGCCGAGAAGACACACCCAAGUGUUGAAGAUUUUCUCAAGGAAAACCACGAAAGACAAACCUAUGAUUAUGUACAAACCAUGAAGCGCGAUUACGGGAAACUCGACAAGGCUUACAUGGGAAUCUGGGACAUGCUCAUGUUGCUUGACAACAUCCAGCUUGACAGUAAUACCGUUCAAUUACAGCAAAAAGUUCAUGCGUUCCAAAUGGCCGAGUCAAUGCGUCGUGAGGGGCUACCACGUUGGCUUAUCAUGACUGCCCUGAUUCAUGAUCUUGGCAAAUACCUCUAUCUACUCGGAGAAAGACAGUGGACGGUUGUCGGCGAAACUUUUCCCGUUGGAUGCCAGUUCUCAUCACGCAUUGCGUACCCACAUUUCUUUGAGAAUAACCCGGACACCAAGAACGAGACCUAUAAUAGUAGUAAGUACGGCAUUUACGAGCCCCAUUGCGGCCUGACCAAGGUUGACUUUAGCUUUGGUCACGACGAAUACAUGUAUAUGGUCUGUAAGGACUAUCUGCCUGCCGAAUCACUUUACAUCAUCCGCUAUCAUUCGUUCUACUCCUGUCUUUUGGAAGGCGAUUAUACCUACUUGCUCAAUGAGCAAGACAUUGAAAUGAUGAAGUGGGUCAAGAUCUUCCUUCAGUACGAUCUCUUUUCUUUCUCGGAACCGAUCCCACAGGACCUCAAUGAAAUAAAGCCUUUCUACGAGGAGCUUUUGGCUGAAUAUUUCCCAGAGAAAAUUCGAUGGUGAUUUACCUUUCAUAACACCGUAAAACCCAAUUGCUACUUGUACUAUCCUUAUCUUUUGUUUUGGCUUAAAUAAAGAGCAUAAGAGCACUUUUUCAC